CAUUGGCAAAUUGGCAACACUUAGCACAACAUAAACGUCUACUGUCUGUUCUUUGGCCGUGCGGCAAAUUGUGAAAAUAAAACUUAUCUUACGUAAAAUCUAUAAUGUUGAGGUUUUAGAUAAUUUUCUAUAUCACACCUCUAAACAAAUAUGAGUACUCCAUAUAUUGCCGGUUUGACCACCAAAAAUAUAUUCUUAGUUGACUUCAAAGAGCCGUAUGCAGAGACAAAUUUAAGGGAUGAAACCACUACAAACAUACGUGGCAUUAUAUUUAGUCCUAAAGGAACAUAUUUAGCAUAUAGAACUGAUAAGAAAGUUGAGAUUGUAAGAUGUUCCGACUGGUCAGUAACAGCAACUAUAAAUGGAAAUGUCAAAGACAUGUUUUUCUCACCCCUGGACAACUACUUUACUAUCUGGGAAAUGUUCAUUAUGACAAAGGAGAUCCCUCAGGGCAAACCUAACCUACAUGUCUAUAAAUCAGCUGAUGGCCAACUUGUAGGCAGCUUCAUACAAAAAAAUCAAACUGGAUGGGAACCAAAGUGGACAUCGGAUGAGAAACUGUUUGCUAUACACAUGAACAACAGGGUGUUGAUCUAUGAAGAUGGCAUACUGGACAGAUUUGUGCAACAGUUGCAGGCAGACAAACUGAAGUGUUUCAGUGUCUCCCCUAGUGCUGCUCCUCUCUAUUACUUUGCUGCAUUUACAUUAGGUAAAGCAGGCCAGCCAUCAUUUUGGCGUGUAUUCAAAUACCCUGAGUUUGAUCAGGCCCAGGCAGUGGUGAGCCGGUCCUCAUUUCAGGCUGACAAGGCUACAUUUUACUGGAAUCGACGUGGUACCAAUGUUUUCGCAAUGACACAAACUGAUGUAAGUAUUUACACUGAUAUACAAAUCAAAAUAAAUCGCGUGCUGUUGGGUGGCUUCGGUAACAUAGCGUCGGGUCACAUCGAGGUGUGGGAGCUCCGCGGGUACAAGAAGGUGGGGUCCUGCGCGGCCCCCGACACCACCAGCCUCGUGUGGGACCCCCGCGCCGAGACCUUCGUCACUGCCACCACAUACCCCAGGCUUACUGUCGGCAACGGUUACAAGAUAUGGCACUACACAUGCGCCCUAAUGCACAAGCGUAUGUGUGCUGAGAAGGAGAACCUGUUAGCUAUCAGCUGGCAGCCAGGGAAUUUCCCAAAGAGUGAGCUCUCUAAGAUAGUACCCAAGUCCAUUGAGGAUGCCACGCCGAAACCAGUCGCUGCAUACAGGCCGCCCGGCGCUAAGAACAGACCUUCGACGUUCACGUUACAUGAGCAGGAGAAGCCACACAGACCUGGAGAAACGCCUAGUGCGGCACCAUCGAAGCAGGCGAUCAAGCAGAAAGAAAAACGCGAGGCUCGGAAGGCGCGCAAGGCUGAAGAAAAAGCUAGUGGGGACACCACGGCACCGCCCGCAGCUGCCACUACUCCCCGCGCACCAUUCAUCUCUACAGGAGACCCUGAAAAGGACAAGAAGAUCAAAAAUCUCAAUAAGAAAUUGAGUGACAUUGAGAAGUUGAAGCAACAAAAAGCAGCCGGAAAGCAGUUGGAACUGAAUCAACUGGCGAAGAUCGAGCAAGAGGCUGCGCUGCUGCAGGAACUCGCUCAGCUUCGGUUAUGAUCGGCCGCGCUCACCAAACACGAGCCCGAUUAUGAACAGAAUAUCGCCACUCUAGUGUUAAGGACAGCUCUAUACUUGAUCCAGUCUCGUGGAACAGAUGACCUAAAUACAAUACAGUUAUAAAACAAACAUAUUUUUUGUCAAUCACAAAGAUGUUUUGUAUAAUAAACCUGUUCCACGAGAAUGUUUCAUUGAUUGUUAAUUUUAUAAAAAGACUUAUGAGAUAAGCUAUAAAUACGAUGUGUAAACGCACGUCAUAACUAUUGAAAUAUAUGCGUUUUGUGUUACUAUUUUUGUAUUAAAUAAUGCUGCGUUGAAUCGUUUGCAUAAUAUAAGAUUUGAGAAUGUAUCUAUUUACUUACGUAUGUAAACCGGACUGAUACCUCGAUGUACCGAAUAUUAUUGUUCCGACUGUCCGCGAGUGCAGUCACGUACAAAUGCUAUAUUUUUCACAUAAAUCUGUUAAUAAAUUAUAAGAAGAUUCAAACAUUUAUUUUGACAUGUUAAAAGCUAUAGGUAUAAUAAGUGUUCAGUGACAUUAAUACAUUAAUACAAAGUGAUUGUUGAUUUGUUAAACGUAUAAACAUUAGUUUUUAAUAAAAACAUCAAUCUGGUUACUAUAUUUUGUAA